AUGGGAGAUUCACAACAAAAAGGUAAAACUGCAUAUAACACAUGGACCUCACAACAAAGUAAUAUGUUGUUGGAACUGAUGGUUGAUGUUGCUAAUCGUGGAUGGCGUGACAGUAAUGGUGUAUUUAGCAAACUAACUGUGGAAAGCAAGAUACUUCCUAAGCUUAAUGAAGCACUUGGGUUUCAUCCAAACCAGAAAUACCUUCGAACAGACAUUUUUGCUGACUUUGAGGAUUUGAAAAUUGUUGUUGGGAAUAGAACUGCUAUUGGAAAAAACUCUAUUGGAUUAGAAGAUGAUAUAGAUGCUAGAAUUUAUGGACAAGAUGAAAGUACACAUGUUAAGAUAGAUGACUAUGUAUAUGAUGAGAUUAACGAGAUAUAUGAUUAUAUUGGAGCUAUUGAUGGCACACAUAUACCAGCAACAAUAAAUGGUCGCGAUGUAAGUAGCUACCGUAAUUGCCAUGGAAAAUUUUCACAAAACGUAUUAGCAGCUUGUAACUUUGAUUUAAAGUUCAUAUACGUACUCAGUGGAUGGGAGGGUUCGGCUCAUGAUUCAAAAUUGCUACAUGAUGUUUUAUCUAAAUAUUUUUUGGUGGAUUGUGGAUUUCCAAAUCAUCGACAAUUUUUAGCUCCAUUUCUAGGGGUUCGAUAUCAUUUGCAAGAUUUUUCUCGUUCAGACCGUCACUCCGAAACUGCAGCUGAAUUGUUCAAUCUACGUCACUCUUCAUUAAGAAAUGUAAUUGAGAGGAUAUUUAGUAUAUUCAAAUCUAGAUUCAUAAUUUUUAAGUCCACACCUCCAUUUCCAUUUAAGACACAAACAGAGCUAGUUUUAGAUUGUGCAGGAUUGCACAACUUUCAUCGUAAAGAAUAUCGCUCUGAUGAGUUUCGGGUAGAGUCAAAUGAUGAAUCUCCAUCACCGUUAUUAACACAAGAAAUUGAAGAAAAUAAUUUUGAGGAGCUGUUUGAAAGUCAAGAGCAACAACGAGAGAAUGAUAAUGAAUGGAGAACUACAAUUGCUUCAAAUAUGUGA